UAGUGAGUGUAACGGCUCGGCAGGCUACCGACACUGAAUGAGAAAAGCACUGAUUUAAACUCCAUAAAAAUGAUGAAAUUCUUACCUAAACUACUGCUGCUAUUGCUGCUAGCCUUCCCGGCGACUUUCCUCAUCAAAGGGCCGGCGGUGAGCGCUCAGGAUCUGACUGAGGAUGAGGAGGCCGAAGCCGUGGAUGAAGACGUGGUGGACGACGUGACGGCCGAGGAUGAGGACGAUGAAGCCGAGGUGGAAGACGACGAAAACACGGAACUGACGGAAGAAAAAGAAGAUGAAGAAGAAGAAGCGUUGGUAGGAGAGGUGAAGGCUUCUCCCAACGCUGACACCACCAUCCUGUUCGUUAAAGGAGACGACUUCCCGGCCAACAACAUUGUGAAGUUCCUGCUCGGCUUCACCAACAAAGGAGCGGAGAACUUCGUGGUGGAAUCUCUGGACGCUUCUUUCCGUUACCCUCAGGAUUAUCAGUUCUUCAUCCAGAACUUCACGGCUCUGCAGCUCGGCAUCGUUGUUCCUCCGAGCAAACAGGCCACCUUCGAGUACUCCUUCAUCCCCGCUGAGCCGAUGGGAGGCCGACCCUUCGGACUCGUCAUCAACCUCAACUACAAGGACGGAAACGGAAACGUUUUCCAGGAUGCAGUUUUCAACCAGACGGUGACGAUCACAGAGCGAGAGGACGGACUGGACGGAGAAACGAUCUUCAUGUACGUCUUCCUCUCAGGUCUGGGUCUGCUGGUCGUCGUUGGUCUUCACCAGCUGCUGGAGUCCAGAAAGAGGAGGCGUCCGGCUCCUAAAGUAGAAAUGGGAACUUCGAGCCACAACGAUGUCGACCUGAGCUGGAUCCCUCAGGAGACGCUGAACCAGAUCAUGCAGAGUCGUAGAGACAAAGCAUCUCCCAGAAGAUCUCCUCGCAAAAGGAGCCAGAAACGUUCGGCCGGCUCCGACGAGUGACGUGGCGUCCCGUUACCGUGGCGACAGAGUAAACACCUUCAGCCGCUCGCCUGCGUCGUCGUCGUCGUCGUCGUCGGGCGGCAGCGAGCACACUCUGCCCUUCCUCCUCCUCUUCUUCCUCCUCCUCCUCCUCCCUCACAGAGAAACUUUAACCAGUGCCAAGCACAGCGACGACUGGCUCUACUUUCAGCUUAAAAACUGUCAACUACACACACACACACACACACACACACACACACACACACACACACACACACACACACACACACACACGCUCCUUUUAGUUUAACAUUACGGUUUGUGGUGCUGAGUGAGAGCAGGCGUUUUGGGUUAAAGGUGCGAGAGGUUGAAGAUAAACUGCUGAAACUCUCACUGGGAGACUUUUUGAUUGUUAGUUUUUUUGUUUUUUGUGUUUUUUUUGUUUUUUGUUUUUUUUUCUGACUCUGACGUAAAGCUGUAAACGAUUUAGUGGAUUAAUCGAUUAGUUAUAAAGUGAUUUGAAACGAUCAUGAGAGCAAAUUAAGUCACAUAAAUCUCAUAAAUCCAACUUUUAUUUGUCUUUUAAUGACAGAAAACUGGAUUUAAAGCAACAAAAAAAUUAA